AUGAAACGAGGUCGCCUUCCCAGCAGCAGUGAGGAUUCUGACGACAAUGGCAGCCUGUCAACUACAUGGUCCCAGAACUCUAGAUCCCAGAACAGGAGAAGUUCCUGCUCCAGACAUGAAGACGGGAAGCCUUCAGAGGUGUUUAGGACAGACCUGAUCACCGCCAUGAAGUUGCAUGACUCCUACCAGCUGAACCCGGACGAGUACUAUGUGUUGGCAGAUCCCUGGAGACAGGAAUGGGAGAAAGGGGUCCAGGUGCCUGUGAGCCCGGGGACCAUCCCGCGGCCUGUGGCCAGGGUUGUGUCCGAAGAGAAAUCCUUCAUGUUCAUCAGGCCCAAGAAGUACAUAGUGACCUCGGGCUCUGAGCCUCCAGACUUGGGCUACGUGGACAUCCGGACGCUGGCCUUCAGCGUGUGUCGAUAUGACCUGAACGACAUGGAUGCCAUGUGGCUGGAGCUGACCAACGAGGAGUUCAAGGAGAUGGGAAUGCCUGAACUGGACGAGUUCACCAUGGAAAGGGUCCUGGAGGAAUUUGAGCAGCGAUGCUAUGACAGUAUGAAUCAUGCCAUCGAGACCGAGGAAGGCCUGGGGAUUGAGUACGAUGAAGACGUGGUCUGUGACGUCUGCCAGUCCCAUGGUGAGGACGGCAACGAGAUGGUGUUCUGCGACAAGUGCAACAUCUGUGUGCACCAGGCCUGCUAUGGAAUCCUCAAGGUGCGAGGCAGUUGGCUACGCCGGACCUGUGCCCUGGGAGUCCAGCCAAAAUGUUUGCUCUGUCCCAAGAAGGGCGGUGCUAUGAAGUCCACCCGCAGCGGAACCAAGUGGGUCCAUGUCAGCUGUGCCCUGUGGAUCCCUGAGGUGAGCAUUGGCAGCCCCGAGAAGAUGGAGCCCAUCACAAAGGUGUCUCACAUCCCCAGCAGCCGGUGGGCGCUCGUGUGCAGCCUCUGCAACGAGAAGUUCGGGGCCUCCAUACAGUGCUCCGUGAAGAACUGCCGCACGGCCUUCCAUGUGACCUGUGCUUUUGACCGGGGCCUGGAAAUGAAGACUAUCUUGGCAGAGAAUGAUGAAGUCAAGUUCAAGUCCUACUGCCCAAAGCACAGCUCCCACCGGAAGUCUCAGGAGAGCCUUGGCGAGGGCGCCACGCAGGAGAACCGGGCUCCCGAGUGCUCCCCCCGGAAUCCGCUGGAGCCCUUUGCCAGUCUGGAGCAGAACCGGGAGGAAGCCCACCGGGUGAGCAUCCGCAAGCAGAAGCUGCAGCAGCUGGAGGAUGGGUUCUACACCUUCGUCAACCUGCUGGACGUGGCCCGAGCCCUGAGGCUGCCUGAGGAAGUGGUGGACUUCCUGUACCAAUACUGGAAGCUCAAGAGGAAGGUCAACUUCAACAAGCCUCUGAUCACCCCAAAGAAAGACAAAGAGGACAAUCUAGCCAAGCGGGAGCAGGAUGUCUUGUUUAGGAGGCUGCAGCUGUUCACGCACCUGCGGCAGGACCUGGAGAGGGUUCGGAACUUCACUUACAUGGUGACCCGCAGGGAAAAGAUCAAGCGAUCUGUGUGCAGAGUCCAGGAACAGAUGUUCAGUCUGUACACUAAGCUCUUGGAGCAAGAAAGAGUUUCAGGUGUGCCUUCUUCCUGCUCCUCCUUCUCACUGGAACACAUGCUUCUGUUUAAUAGUCCUUCUGUGGGUCGCGAUGCUCCCAAGAUAGAGGACUUGAAAUGGCAUUCUGCGUUCUUCAGGAAACAAAUGGGUACUUCCUUGGUUCAUUCCCUGAAAAAGCCCCAUAACCGAGACCUGUUGCAGAACAGCAGUGGGGGCGAGGGCAAGGCCCUGCCCCAGCAGCCAGAGCUGUGCAGCGUGAGGGAGGGGCUGGGGGUCCCAGAGAGCUUUCUGAGUUUUGAAAACACCUUUGCAGAAGCACGUCUCAUAUCAGCACAACAGAAAAAUGGUGUGGUGACAGCAGACCACGGGAAAAGAGACAGUUUUUUUCAUUGUGAUCUCAUUAAAGGAGACUUGAAGGACAGACCUUUUAAACAGAGUCACAAGCCUCUCAGGUCCACAGAUGUGUCCCAGAGGCAUCUGGACAACACGAGAGCCGCCCCCUCCCUGGGAGUGGGGCAGUCAGCGCCUGGAGCCAGGAGGGACAUGGUGCCCAGGUGCAAUGGCUCCCUAGUCAGAGUGACCUGUAGUCAGACCACAGUCCAAGUGCCUACAACACCUGCCAGCCCAGGGAAAGACUGGGGGGGGGGGGGGUUCCGGAUUCCAAAGAAGGGGGAGCGGCAGCAGCAGGGAGAGGCCCCCAAGGGCACCUGCCACCAGCACUCAGACUACCCCUACCUGGGCCUAGGCCGAGCUCCAGCCAAGGAACGCACAAAAAGCAAAUUAAAACCUGACACUGAGAAUGACGGGUAUGUCCCCGAUGCAGAAAUGAGUGACUCGGAGAGUGAGGCCUCGGAGAAGUGUGUCCAUGCCAGCAGCACCAUCAGCAGGAGGACAGACAUCAUCAGGAGGAGCAUCCUGGCCUCCUGACCCCUGGCCUGUCGCCAUGUGCCGGGGAGGUCUGGUGGCGGGGACAAGCAGAAGCCCUUUAUUCCUU